UUACAUUGUCUGGCAAGGUUCAGGUUUCUGUCCAACUUUGUCUGCUGUGUACAGAGCUACAGCUACUAUUGAAGAUAUUAAUUGGUUUCCCUUUAACUUGUAUAAUUCAAUCUGGUCGUUUUUGUCUUUUUUUUUUUUAAGAACUUGGAUUGUAGAGAAUUCAUGAUGAAGAGCCUUUUUCUGUCUUUCUUACUAGGCUCCAUUCUGUUUAUGAACAACUUUUCAGAAGUGCAAGGAAGAAAAUGGAAAGGUGAAGGUACAACACAAAACCUGGAAAGCAUAACCGUUGGAAGGUGUUAUGACUAUAUUAGAAUUGUGAAUCCUGCUGUUGGUGAGAAGAACUGUUCAGAGUUAUGGGAAGCCUUUAGAAAUGCUUUUAUUAACAAGGAUCCUUGCAACAUUCUACCUCAAGACUUUGAAUUAUUUUUCAAACUGUCACUGCACGCAAUUCCUGCUGGCAAGUCUCUCUUCUGGGAAAAUAAUCAGCUGCUAGUCAACAGCUUUUCAAACAGAGCUCGUCGCUACAUGUCUCUUGGUGACACUCUAUUUGGCUUCUUUGGAGAUUUUCUAAACUGGUGUGGGCAGGAAAACAGCACUGGACUGGACUAUGAAUCCUGCCCUACUGCAGCAGAAUGUGAAAACAAUGCAGUGGAUGCUUUCUGGAGGAUGGCUUCGAUGACUUAUGCACAACACAGUUCUGGGGUGAUACAUGUCUUGUUGAAUGGUUCUGCAGAAGGAGGAGCUUAUCCAAUCAGAGGUUUUUUUGCAGAUUAUGAAAUACCUUAUCUCCAGAGAGACAAGAUCUCACAAAUAGUCAUCUGGGUUGUGGAUGAUAUUGAAGGACCAGAUAUAGAUUCCUGUGGAUAUAAUACUGUACAGAUAUUAGAAGACAGGCUGAAAGCCCUUGGUUAUGAUGUCGUCUGCACUGACGAUUACAAGCCUGUAAUGUUGUUACUCUGCUUGGACAAUCCUGACCAUUCCAAGUGUACCCUUUCAUCAUCUGCACCAGCAGUACAAAGAGGACCUAUAUCUUCAGACAGAGGAGGCAGCUGGAACAGGCUCAUGUUUGUUUCCUUUGUAGCCUUUUUGUUUAGAUCUGCUUUAGUAUACUAAGUGAAUAGACUGAAUCCAAAUCCUCUCUUGACUUGGCUGGCUUCAAUUAUUUUCUAACCACAAUUUCACCCAAGUUCUGGGACUGGCAAACAUGCAUGUUAAAACCCUGCAUACUUCUAUCCAGAUUUCAACUACUAAUAGUACAAAAAAAUUCUACUGCUGCUAGAAAGCCUCACCUAUCUUUUCCUUUUCUCGUACAGAACUCCCUUGCUAUCUCCUAUUAUCCAAAUUCUCUAGAAUGAAACUGAGAAUAAUGCUUUCUCUCUAUUCAUGUAUUUCAGAAAGGAAAACAAAACUUUUUGCCCAGUAGGAGGGUAAAUGGGAGCAGGAAAUAGGAUUUCAAAUGGGAGAACUUAAGAUAACUUACCUGACAGAAAACAUGAUAGGUGAGAUAGUGGGAAAAAUUAAACUCAUUUUCCUUAAUAGUGUUUGAACCAAACUUAACUGAAACUAUUAUAUGGAUGUAAUAGUUACAGGACAUGCAAGGCACACGUUCUUACAUGCAGUAUUUUACUCUUAACUGCUUCCAGCUGUUCCUCAGCUGGCUAUUUCCUGGCCACAGCAUAACCAGCAAUAUGGCCAGCAUCACCAGGUCUAGAAGGCUCCACACGUCAUCAGCCAUGAUGUGAGGGAGUAGAUUUAUAACAUUUCAAAUUCAGACAAGAAUCUACCUUUGUUCAGUGGACUCACUUAUGACAAGACCAACAUACUCAGAAACAUCUUGCACUGUUUUCUCAUUUCCAACAUUCUUUCACUCUUUCCCACUACAUCAACUGAGUAGCAAAGACAGCAGUUAUUUCUUUCCAAUAUCUUUUGAAUAAAGUGCCUUAAACUUGUUGGAAAAGCUCGGGAACAUCUGUAGAGAUUUUUGGCAAACCAGCAAAUAUAGCUAGGAGAAGAAGGCAAAGUUUUAAAUACAGAGGCUUCCUCAGAUCUUCAACGCAGCAAAUUUCAAGCUGAGUAUGGAUCUCUUCUUCUGAGUUAAAUGUAAUUGUUUUAAUUAAUGUGAAAGAACAGUGUAGCCAGCAUCUCUGAAGCAGCAGGACAGGAGUGAGAAACAAUGAGGUCAUUUGUUACUCCCUGGGGGAGGGAGAGAUGUUAGCAAAAAGUUGCAUGCAAGAAAAUCCUUUAUCUCUCAGCUAUUUCUAUGACCAUACAGUAGGUGCAUAGUGCAUAACACUUGGUAAAUGCUCUGACUAACAAAACGCCUCAUAUAAAAGCUGUGUCACAUUCUGAGAAAUUACAAUGUCUGAAUGCCUGCUGAUGUUCAACAGAUGUUCAAAUGAUGUUCAAAUACAGAUUCAAAAUGUUCAGUCAUCCAUACUUUGUACUAGCAGUGCUGGAGAUACAGCUGUCUGAAACUGCAUUUCAAGGGGGAAAACAUUUUAAGGGGUCAAUAUUUCAUUGAAGACAUCAUAUACCUAUCGCUUCAUUUUGAAUCUAGUUUGAUGCCACUAUUUGGAAUAGGUCUGUUAGUACUCAACUACUCAUGGCAAAUGAGAGUAUCACUUACCAUAGCAUCACAGGGUGCCUUGCAUUUAUGCAGACAAACCUGCGGAAGCUACUGAUACUAAUUCAGUAUUUCCUAUCAUUGCCCAUUUUUUGGACCACUCGUAGACUCAAUUGUGUCGCAUUCUCCGUUAUCACAAGGAUGAUUAUUUCCAUUCUCCCUUCUGUUAACCUAUUUUGUUUCUGCUUGUUGUAUCUGACAAAAACAGAACUGUAAUUCAGAAUAAUUCAUUUUAUCAGCAUGUAUGUGCAUGAACACAAGUAUGUCUGCUCUUGUCUGCUCUACCUGCUCUUAAAUGCAAACUGUUGAGUUCUCUGGAGUAAAAAUUAAUGCGAAUAAAGCAAGGACAACUUGUUUACCUCUC